CCUCUCCCCUCAACCACUCUCCCGCAUCUCUCUCAAUUCUUUCUCCGGCCGCCAACGUACAAACUGCUCUCCCCUCCUCCGCCGGCCUUUGCUUCUUCCGCAUAGGGUCUUCUAUCGCUGCCUCCAACGUCAGUCGCCAACGUUCGCUUCCCUCCGCUCCCGCAACAGCAACACAGCGCCGAUUACUGGUUGAUGGCUUCGCUCUUGUUCGAAGGGAGAUGGAUGGAGGCGGUGAGGUUUUCAAUUCUUCAGGGCCGCACAAAUAUAUCCCCAUAUCGGGAAAUUUCAUGGAAUACAAGGGGACUUUUCCAUAUAUCUUAGUUUAUUAUUAGUAGCGAUUGUAUAUAUACGUAGUAGUAGUAGUGUUUCUAAUAUUUUGUAGUAGUGAUUUUUAUGAUAAUUAGCUGUGAUAUUUGUUAAUUAUUGGUAGUGUUUUGUGUAGUUAUAGUAGUAUUUGUCCAUUUGUAGUAGUUUUUUUUUCCUUUUCAUUUUCAGUAGUGUUUUUACUAAAAAUCAUCAAUUAUUAAUUAAAAAUGGCUACUAAUGAUAAUAAAAUCACGGCUAAAUUGUAAGUUUGGUAACUUGAAUUACUAGUAAAGUUUACGUUAGCCACUAGAAUUACUUUAUUCCAUUCAUAGUCAUUUAAAUUACGUAAACAGUCCAAGUUUGGUCACUGGCCAUUAGUCUCCGUUAACUUUUGAUGAUGUGGCGGUCAACUCUCAUAAUUGACCGCUAAAUAGGUGACGUGGCAAUUAAAAAUUAAAUAAAAAAUAAAAUUUAAUCUAUUAAAAAUCACUACAUAAAAUCAUGAUAUCACUAAUAAUGAUGAUAAAAUCACUACUUAAAAUUAUGAAAUCACUUCGAUAGACCACCAAAAUCACUACUAAGUAAUAAGUGUUGUAUAUAAUUUUCAGUAGUAAUUUUUCUUGUAUAAAUCUCCAAUAGAGAGAUUUAUCAAAUACCAAAUAAGUCAUCCACUAUUUUUUACCGUCAGAUUUAACUUAAAAUAAUGAACGGUGAUUAGUAUAUAUAGCUUGGUGCUAACUCCAAAUAAGUUAGCACCCUAGCCGUUCCCUACAUAGUUCAAUUGAUCACUUUGAACAUGUUAUGUUCGUAAAUGGUGUCAAUUUUUCCAAAUCAAUAUUUAACUACUGGUGAGUUGUACUGGAAAAAAAAAAUGUUUGUUGACAACGACCAUCCACCACAACAUGAAAACGUUUUUCUUACUGUACCUCAACGAAUGAAUCACCACUUAGAACAUCCCCACAAAAGACCACCUGUAAAAAAAGUGCACUCUGCAAAUGAAAGAACACUGCCUGGUUUUUUCAAUAACACCAACUCACCAAGUGCUCGAAAUGGACCCCCUAACUAAGGCCUUGGAGGGCUUUAUCACUUGCGAAAUAUGGAUGAGCUUUUGGGCUUUCUGCAACUGGCAGGACGAAAGCCCAGCCAUAGAAAUGACUGUCCGAUUCUAGCUCUUGGUUGCCAGUGGUGCUACUGAUAAUGUUCAUUCAGUUGUGCUAAAAGGAAAACCUGGAUUGGCUCACCUAGGAGAGGGCUUGGCGCGGCAUACCUUCCUCCUCUUUUUGAAGAAGGUCUUGACUCUGGUUGACCGGAAGCCUCAGUUUAUGGAAGUGAUUGGUGUCCUCUGGAGGAUUUGGAGAUCACGUAAUUGGGUGGUUUUUGAAGGAAAACAGUUUGGGAUUGCGGCCUUGAUGCGUCAAUUCCGCCAGCAGGUGCAUGAAUGGGCUAGCCUUCCGAAGGACCCUACCCCAGGCGUCCCACAAUGUUUGGCUCAAGUGGUGCAGGGGAUCCGGCCUUGGCAAUUUGCAUGUGGGAUGGGGCGGUGAGGGUUGGCUCUCAUUCGGCAGGGGGAUGGUUCUCUUGACUCCGACCCGUGAGGUUCUCCUUGUGAAUGGGGUUCAUUUUCCGGGGGUUGAUGACCCAAUGGUGGUGGAACUUCUGACGCUGAGGGAGGCUAUCUUAUGGUGCCUUGGGCAUGGCUUUUCUGCAGUGCGCUUUGAAGGGGAUGCCCAACUGGUUAUUGAGAAGAUCCGUCGGGGUAAAAGUGCAGAUAGCCGAAUGGGACCCAUUCUGGAAGAGGUCAGCAAUUUGGUGGUGGCUCAUGCAGGACUUAGUGUUCGAUUUGUAGGUCGGCGAAACAAUAGGAUAGCUCACUUGGUAGCUAGGAAGACCCUUUCUUUGUACCCGACUACGAGUCAUUUCUUUGAUUUCCAGACCUGGCCGUGGAUAUAACUGCCUAUUUUUUGAUCAAUAUAGGAUUAUCUUUUGU